ACAUGUAGAGUUGAAUUUCCUUUCCCUUUUUGCUCUGAAUCAACCCUAUUGUUUCUUUCUCCUCCAUAAUCCAUACGUUGUCACCGAACGAAAACCCAGAGCGAUGUCCAAGUUCGAGUACCCCAGGCUUUCGCGCCCCGAGAUCACUGCUAUUUUGGCGCAAUUUCAGAUUGCAAAUGUGUCCGAACAUCAACUCAUGACCCCGAACAUGGACUUUGUUUGGGACCUCUACUUCCGGAUCCUCAAUCACCUCGACUCUCUUCCCGAGGAAGACCAUGUUGAGUUUGCUGCUCUAGAGCAUCUUGAGAACCCAGACUUCCAUGUUGACUCUGUUCGGGUAAUGAAGAUGUACAGCAGAAUAAAGGAAGUAGUGGCCUCGUUGGAUUGCCCGAGGAACUUUACCCUCAAAGAUCUUUUAACACCCGAGGCUGAUAGAACAGAGUUUUUCCUGGGCGCACUUCUAAAUUUCUGUCUGCAUAGAGAAACGAGAUUGAAUUCGAUUACAGACAUAGUGGAUGAAGUCAACCUUCUUGAGGAACAGCAGAGAGAUCAGGAAACAAAGAUCUUGCAGUUGAAGUCAGAAAUUGAUGGCUACAAUGAAGCCAGGGAAAGGGAGGCAACUCUUGUUCAAGAGGUGGAUGCAAAAGUUAAAGAACUGCGUCAAACCAUUGCUGCCCUUAACACCAACCAGAUGUCACUUAGAGCUACUUUUCGGAAGUUGAAGGAGAAGACAGGGGAAAUGGAUGGGAAGAUCUCUUCUGCUGAGUUUACCCUUGUACAAAGUGUUCAAGAAAAUGCAAACCUACGAUCAAAAGUUGUUCAGUCCCCUGAUAAAUUGCAGAGAGCAUUGGAGGAACAAAAACUAGCUCGAGAAGAAGCUAAGAAUGCGGAAAGAUCAGCCAUGCAAACUUUCCAUGAGAAGAAUGCCCUUGUUGACCUUUAUUCAAAGGUUGAGAAGAAAAUGUCAAAGCACUUUGCUCAGAUGCAAGCCAUACAAGAUCAGGUGUUGCCUCUAACAUUUUGAUUUGUUUAGUUGCUGUGAAUUCUGCAUGAAUAUGGGAGACUGAAACCUUUUAUUUUUGUUAGUUUUGAUUUGAAUUAAGUUCAUACAAGAGCGGCUCUACUCAAGAU